UCAUUGGUGUAAUUACCUGAGCCACGUUACAUCUAUGGACAUUUUAUUUAUCUUGAUUAUGCUUAAAUUUCAAGGUAUUACCGUAGAUUAAGAUACUGGUAAUGCUUAUGAGAUGAUAAAACGACUCAAUAUUAUUGCAAAACAUAAAUUAAAUGGCAGAAGCUGAUUCUUCAGAAUCUUCAACAACAAAUAUGAAACCUGAGACAGAAUGGUCAACGAGGGAAAAAUUAGCAAUUGCUUCAUAUGUAUUAAGAACUGGUGAACAGCAUUGGUCGGGUGUGGGAAGACUUUUAAAACCACUGGGUGAACCUGACAGACCUCCAGAUUGGUUUAGUCCUAAAUUUUGCGCCCAACAAUACACUGCUUUAGUAUAUCAAACGGAUGCUCCGAAGCGUAAAAGAGGAAGUGAACGUUCUGAUUCAUCAGAAAAUAUACAACCUGGUUCAUCACCAGAGGAUGUUAUUGUGUCACGUUUAACAAAAGUACGCAUAGAAGAAUUGAAAAAACAAUUGCGUUAUGAAAGAACAGAAUAUCGCAAAUUGAAAAGAGAAAUUGAAUUAAUUGAAUCAGGGACAGUCGAUGACCGGUUAGAUGAACUUAUUAAUGAAAUUGAAAAUGAAGGCAAAGAAAUGGAAUAUACAAUGGAUAAAGAUGUUGAUACUCAAGAAAAUAAUGAAAUUGAAGAUGCUAAUUCUCUAGCCGAAGAAAUAAGAAAUGAAAUCGAAAAGUUGCAAAGGACUGUACUACCUGAUGAAGAUACAAUACUAAAAUUGCCUGGCGAUGUUGUCAAAGAUAAUGAACCUGCCAUAAAUGUUAUUACUGAUAUCAGUCUGAAAACUGAGGAAAGCAAGAUAAUUGGAGCUGCAACUGUUGUAGGAGAUACAAGCCUAGCUGAAAUCCAAAACUUGGAUAAUGUUCCCCAAGAAAACAAAGUUGAAACUAAGGAAAAAUCAGACUUUGAUUAUACAGUAACUGAGUCAUUUGAAAAAGAUGCCAACGUUGCCAAAAAUGUUGACUCCAUAUUUAAACCUAUACCAGAUGAGAUUGAAUCACAGAAAGAAGAUAUUGUCGCUAAAAAUGAAAAGAUUGAACAAAAUAUUACUGUAGAGAAACAGGAGAAAAAUUCAGAAGAUUUAAUUGAAACAGAGGCUCGGAGAAAACAUUCCUCGACUGAUGAUACUGUUUCAUCAGAAGUUGCUGGGGUUAAUAAUAGUGCUUUUAAUUUUUCAAUUGAUGAAACUUUACAUCAGUCGAUAAGUCUACCUGGAACUCCAGCUCCACCUGGCAGCUUUGUAUCAGACAGUUUUCCAUCAAGUCCAGCACUUUCACACAGCAGUGACAUGGAUCCUGAUUCUACUGCCAGUUGGAAGGCUUGGCGAAAAUCGAUUAUGAUAUUAUGGAAACAGGUAGCAAGUCAUAGGUAUGCUAGCUUGUUUUUGCAACCUGUGACUGAUGAUAUCGCACCCAACUAUUCAACUACUGUAUACCGUAGUAUGGAUUUAUCUCACCUCAAAAAAAAUAUUGAAAAUGGAGUUACUCGUACAACCACAGAGUUUCAUCGUGAUUUAAUGCUGAUGUUUCAAAAUGCUAUCAUGUAUAACAGUAGAGAACACGAUGUUUUUAUGAUGACAACCGAGAUGCAGAAAGAUGUCAUGGAUCAGGUUGCGCAAUUCAUGUCAACACAAAUGAUGGCUGAAACUACGCAGCCAGCCGCAAACAAGAGCUUACGAAGAAGCACCAUGAGACGAUCCGCAUUCAGUGAAAAAACUAAUGAAACCAGAUCAAGGAGAUCGGGUGCUGCUGAUACAGAUACAAGGCCAUCACGUUCAUGAAUAAAAAAUGCAAAAGAGAAUACAUGAUAUUGACAAACAAAUUGCUGUAAUUUAAACAGGCUAUAAAUACAUCUACAAAAUGGCAGAUAGUGAAUGAUGAGUCUAGGGGAUUAGCAUUCCACAGAACACGGUGACGGUGACGCUGUGACUAAGAGAAAAAAUGACAUCUAUUUUGGAAAUAUUGUAAUAUUGUAUUGCUAGUUUCAAAAUGUCUGACAGAAAUGAUUGUUCAUGUAACUUUAAAUAUUUAAGAGUUGAAUUAUAUGAGUUACAAUUUCUUCAAUUUGAGACAAGUGAAAUAUAAUGCUUAACUUGAUCAAUCAGAUUGUAUUGCAGUUCUGAAAGAUUAUUUUAUAAUGUAUUUUGAAUCUAUUUUUUUGGUUGUACUGAUAAAAUGUUUGGUAUUUUUUUACUGUUCAUUCGAUAUAAAAAUUAAUCAAAACAAGGGCAGCUGUGUAAAUGCACUUGAACAGCAUUACUAGUCCUUAUCUAGAAACCGUUUUAUAUGAUGUCACUGUAUUCAAGUAGGUAUGUAUUCCACCUCCUCAUCAUCUUUCAACACCGACUUCAAUUAUAUUUCAUACAUUCAUUUGACAUAUGUUUAGUUCAUUUUAUGUUGGCAUAAGUGAGUUGAGCCUGAGUCGUCGGAUGAUCAAGACAAAUCAAAAAGUUACAGAAAUACAUUUGUGCUAAUGUGCAGCAAGAUUCUUGCAUUACCAAUACUAUUGGAAAUUUGAAAUUCAGUUUGUUGAAUUGUAUGACUAACUCGGAUGAGUGUUUAUUUUAAAUUUCUUUAAAUUUGAAAUAGAUUGAAUAAUAUUUCUGUGUCAUAUCUUAGUAAUGGGGAAUUCUGAAACUCUUUUCCUUCUUAAUUUUGGACAUAUUUCAUUGUUCUGUCAUGUAACUUUAAGUGGCAAAAUAUUUUGAUAAUUGUGGCAAAAAGAUUUUCCAUCUCACACUAAACUUGAGAAAUUGUUUUUUUUUUGAGGACAGAAAAAUCGAUGCUUUUACAAUGUUGUGUUAAAAUAAUCAUGUACUAAUGUUCAUGUUGUCAAGUUCUAUUUGGGAAUUUAUUUUGUAAGGCCUGGCUGGCUUUUAAAUAUACUUUGAACUGAUUAUUUUUAUUACUAUUUUUAAGA